GACUGGCUAACAUCAACCGGUUUCACCACUGAUAUAUUGGAUAUUGGAAGUAACCUGAACGAGGGCGGUGUACUGAAUGUAACGUCACUCUUCAUACAAACCUUUUAUUACUUUGCUGAGGUUGCCAGUUUCUUUGUUACCUGGAUAAAAUAACAUUUCCACAGCAUUUUUCAUCAUGGUGUGUUAGUUCUACUUCCUCGUGGAAUGGGCACUCAUUCACUCUAUCACUUAGUAAUAUUAUUAGAGGAAACCAAGAAGAAAUUAUCAAAAUCGCUUUCAUACAGUUCUCCAUCCUUACCGUAUCCAUUUAUUAUUCGGAAGUCGCUAAAAAAGGCUAGGCACUCCGAAUUAAAUACUUCAGAUAUUCAAGGUAGCAGGCAAUUUAAUCAAAUUACUGUGGAGACGUAUACAAUGGAUACCUCAGAGUCGUGGGAUCUAGACAAUUGCGAAGAGAUAAGUUUUCUGUCGGGUAAUCCAACAGUCGAAACCACUGAAGGUAUCAUACAUAUAUACAAAAAUCAGAGAGAAGUUCCACGAUGUAAUGACAUGGUUACGAGCACUGUGCUAUGUUUCUUUUCUGUACCAUCUCAUAUAACAGUGAAAGACUUACUGAGGUUUAUUUCACCUAUGCGUAAUGUGAUUGUAGAGCUGAAAAUCGUAAAGGAUAGUACUCCAAAUCAGUAUAUGGCAUUGAUAAAGUUUCGUACACCUGAAGACACAGGCCAUUUUUAUGAUACUUACAAUGGCACUUCUUACAAUAAUUUGGAACAAGAAGCGUGCCAACUAAUGUAUGUCUCACAUGUAGAGAUCACGCACCCUUCUACAGGCGUUGCAUUUCCCACCAAAGAUUUAAGGGAGUUGCCUUCUUGUCCGGUGUGUUUGGAGCGUCUGGAUGAACCCGUGCAAGGGAUACUGACUACGAUUUUAUGUAACCACACAUUCCAUGAUGGGUGUAUUUCACAGGUAGAAGAUACCAUUUGCCCAGUUUGCCGUUAUGUCCAGUCACCUGAAAUGCUCUCUGACAGUCAGUGUGCAGACUGUGAUAUAAGAGAAAACUUAUGGAUUUGUCUCAUAUGUGGUCAUGUUGGUUGUGGUCGUUAUGGUCAAAAACAUGCACAGGUGCAUUUUGAGGAAACAGGACAUACAUUCGCCUUAGAGCUCGGCAAAACUUUGGUCUGGGAUUACGCCGACGAUGCAUAUGUUCAUCGGCUGGCUGUUAAUCAUGAGGAUGGCAAAUUAGUUCAGCUUGGACCCAAUAAUGAAACUGGUAACAAAAAGCUAGAUAUAAUUAGCAUGGAAUUCAGUGCCAUCUUAACAAGUCAACUGGAAUCACAACGUGCAUACUUCGAGUCCCAACUGGAUUUAAUAACUACUCAGUCAAAUGUUCGUCUCGAAGAAAUGGAAUCCCGUGUCGAAUCUGCCUUAUCUGCUGCGCAAACAGCCGAAAAGAAACUCUCUGAAGUCAUAAAAGAGAACUUAGUUAUCAGUCGUAAAUUGCAACAAAUUUUAACCAGUUAUAAUUAGCACAAACGUGUGUUACCCCAAGUCGUCAUGCCAAAUUUAAUAAAGAAAAUGUAUGAAAUAAAACCUAAAUAUUUAGUUUUGUAAAUACCCAAAUGAUGACUAGCAUCUUGUCCGAAGUUCAGUGGUACUUGUAGCCUGUUGGUAAAGUUGUACGUUACGAUCGUCAAACUGAAUGGUAUAACAUUAUGGUAAAAUCAAACUGGAUGGUCUUAUUUUUUAACUUCACGCCCUAAGCUUAUUCUUAUGUAAUUACAUCAAUACUUGUUUCUUUUAUUUUGAUAUGAAAGAUAAACUUAUUUUGAGAUAUCACGAAAAUGCAACCAACAAUCCAUGCGAUAUGCAAUCAAUUUUUUUUAAUAUAAAUAUAUUGCACAAACUUACCUAUUGUUCCCGAAACAUUUGAUAUCUCUAAAAUAAUCUAUUUUAAGGCAACAUCACUAGCUCAACGUUUACAAAAGGAUUUGGAAGAAGAACGUGCUUUAAAUCGAAGUUUACUUAUAAAUGAGAAAACCUGGCGUGAAAGAACAGAACAAGCGGAAUCGGAAGCGAAAACAGCCCGUGCAGAAUGUAGGGAAUUACUAUUAAACUUGGAAUUACGAGAUAAAUUAAAUGAAUUAAACACAAAUAAAGAGCUGACAAAAGAUGAACUCGAAACAUGUGAAAUCUCUUUGCAACCCAGUAGUUCACAAAAAGCAAGUCGAAGACGACGUAAACGCUAGAAUCUUUUCUACAUAGAUGUCUACUAAAGAGGAAAUGCUGUUAGAUGAAUGAUAUAAUCUUAUUACAUUUGACAGUAUUAUAUAUCUUCACUUUUUCUAAUCUAAUUGUCAAUUCACUCAAUCAUUGAUUUAGAAAAAUUUAUAUGUGUAUAUUGUUAUUAAUUUAUGGAAGGUAAUAUCUAAUUCUACUGUCUGCUCUCUUAUUCCAAAUUGUACAACCUUUUUUCUUCAUAUGUUUCGUCUUUGUUUUAACUUAAUAAAUCCUAAUUGUUUUAUGACUUCUAUUAAACUUCAAAAUAUAAAUAAUCAUAAAAUUAAAAUAGAUUUUGCAAAUCAUGUCUCUAAUUUACUUACAAAUGUUAACUAAACAAUAAUCAGUGUUGUACGAAUAAAAUGUAUUUUCGCUGUAUAUUGUAUUUCUUCAUUCAGAGUUUUAUUGGUGUGUACUGUCG